AUGGGUGGAGGAUUUUUUGUUACCGAAAGUGGCCAUGGAGUAGUACAUGAAGAAGGCCGUGUAACCAAUUUUGUCGUCAUUGCAUGCAUUGUGGCUGCAAUGGGCGGUCUCCUCUUCGGUUACGACAUCGGUAUCUCAGGAGGAGUAACAUCAAUGGAAGAGUUUCUAACGAGAUUCUUCCCCGACAUGUUACGUCAAAUGCAAAACGAAACAGGGCGUGAAACAGAGUAUUGCAAAUACGACAACGAGCUUCUCACACUCUUCACCUCAUCUCUCUACCUCGCUGCACUAUUCGCUUCUUUCCUAGCUUCAACAAUCACAAGGCUGUUUGGUCGGAAAGUCUCAAUGACAAUCGGAGGUUUAGCUUUUCUCUCAGGAGCUCUUCUCAACGGUUUCGCUAUCAACCUCGAGAUGUUGAUCAUAGGGAGGUUACUUCUCGGUGUAGGCGUCGGUUUCGUUAACCAAGUUGUACCUCUCUACCUAUCUGAGAUGGCUCCCGCUAAGAUCAGAGGAGCUCUCAACAUGGCUUUUCAGUUAGCUGUCACGAUGGGGAUCUUAGCAGCCAACAUUGUCAACUACAUAACUCCUAGACUCAAGAACGUUGAGGGUUGGAGAUUAUCUCUCGGUUUAGCGGCCGUUCCGGCCGCUAUUUUGCUCUUUGGAUCGUUUUUCUUGCCGGAGACGCCUAACUCUCUCCUCGAACGUGGGAAGAAAGAAGAGGCUAAGAGGACGCUUCAGAAGAUCAGAGGAACCGUGGAUGUUGAGCAUGAGUUUAUGGAUAUUUGCGCGGCGUGUGAGUCUGCCAAGAGUGUUGAGCAUCCGUGGACGAAUAUAGCGCAAGCUAAGUAUAGACCGCAGCUUGUAUUCUGCACGUUCAUCCCAUUCUUCCAGCAGCUAACUGGGAUCAAUGUCAUCAUGUUCUAUGCACCUGUCUUGUUUAGGACCAUUGGUUUUGGAAAGGACGCUUCUCUUAUCUCUGCGGUCAUCACCGGUCUUGUCAAUGUCCUCUCCACCCUUGUCUCCAUCUACUGUGUCGAUAAAUUCGGACGUAGAGCUCUGUUUCUUGCGGGUGGUAUUCAGAUGAUAGUGACUCAGGUCGCAGUUGGUUCGAUGAUCGGUUGGAAAUUCGGGCUAGACGGGGAAGGGUCAUUGUCAGCGGUCGAUACAAAGAUACUCUUGGGGCUGAUCUGUCUCUACGUGGCGGGUUUUGCAUGGUCGUGGGGACCGUUGGGAUGGUUAGUGCCGAGUGAGAUAUGUCCAUUGGAAAUAAGAUCGGCAGGACAAUCGUUGAACGUGUCAGUGAACAUGUUCUUCACUUUCCUCAUUGGACAAUUCUUUGUGACGAUGCUUUGUCACAUGAAGUUUGGUCUGUUCUACUUCUUCGCCGUCUUGGUCUUGAUCAUGACGAUAUUCAUUUACGUCUUGUUGCCAGAGACGAAAGGAGUUCCCAUUGAGGAGAUGGCGAGAGUGUGGAAGGAUCAUAAAUUUUGGGGCAAGUAUACUCGUAAUGUUAAGGGUGGUGAUAAUGAUGAAGAUGAUGAAGAUCUUUAUGUUUUUAGUGUAAAAAAAUGA